AUGAAUGACAGCCUAACACAAGUUGUUGACUCUCUGCAAAUAUCCGCUCAAUCUAUCCUGUUGGACCUUGACACCCACACCUGUUCGGCAGACGUAGGCUUCUUCUACUUCCUCUCCACCGCUUCAAUGGUCCUCCCAACCCUGCUGGGGUCCUUCAUCUACCAUCUUCUGAGAUGGCAAGUUUUCUAUGCCUGCUACCUCUUCCUGGCUUAUCUCUACGACCCCAAGUGGAGGAACAGGCGUGCAGCUAAUCAGUAGGACGUCUUCAUCUCCUAAAACACCCUGGAUGAGCCCUGGGUCCUGAGGGAGCUGCCCUGGGUCCUGAGGGAGCUUCCCUGGGUCCUGAGGGAGCUGCCCUGGGUCCUGAGGGAGCUGCCCUGGGUCCUGAGGGAGCUGCCCUGGGUCCUGAGGGAGCUGCCCUGGGUCCUGAGGGAGCUUCCCUGGGUCCUGAGGGAGCUGCCCUGGGUCCUGAGAGAGCUUCCCUGGGUCCUGAGGGAGCUGCCCUGGGUCCUGAGGGAGCUUCCCUGGGUCCUGAGGGAGCUUCCCUGGGUCCUGAGGGAGCUGCCCUGGGUCCUGAGGGAGCUGCCCUGGGUCCUGAGGGAGCUUCCCUGGGUCCUGAGGGAGCUGCCCUGGGUCCUGAGGGAGCUGCCCUGGGUCCUGAGGGAGCUGCCCUGGGUCCUGAGGGAGCUGCCCUGGGUCCUGAGGGAGCUUCCCUGGGUCCUGAGAGAGCUGCCCUGGGUCCUGAGGGAGCUUCCCUGGGUCCUGAGAGAGCUGCCCUGGGUCCUGAGGGAGCUUCCCUGGGUCCUGAGGGAGCUGCCCUGGGUCCUGAGGGAGCUUCCCUGGGUCCUGAGAGAGCUGCUGCCAUAGCUGGAGGGGCAGCACGGCUGGACGCUGUGUCUGCACCACCGGGACUUCCAGCCAGGCAAACCUACCAUAGAAAACAUCACAGACGCCAUCUACAGGAGCCGCAGGGCCAUCAGCCAUUGCUAUCUGGAGAGUGAGUGGUGCUCUCUCUCUCUCGCUAUCUGGAGAGUGAGUGGUGCUCUCUCUCUCUCGCUAUCUGGAGAGUGAGUGGUGCUCUCUCUCUCUCUCUCUCUCGCUAUCUGGAGAGUGAGUGGUGCUCUCUCUCUCGCUAUCUGGAGAGUGAGUGGUACUCUCUCUCUCGCUAUCUGGAGAGUGAGUGGUACUGUCUCUCUCGCUAUCUGGAGAGUGAGUGGUGCUCUCUCUCUCUCGCUAUCUGGAAAGUGAGUGGUACUCUCUCUCUCUCGCUAUCUGGAGAGUGAGUGGUGCUCCAGAGAGAUACAGGUGACCAGGUGGGUCUAACAAUCUUCAAUUACCUAUAUGCACCUACACACCUACCACAUCUACACACCUACAUACCUACACACCUACAUACCUACACACAUACACACCUACAUAUCAACACAUCUACACACCUACAUACCUUCACAUCUACAUACUUACAUACCUUCACAUCUACACACCUACACACCUACAUACCUACACAUCUACACACCUAUAUACCUUCACAUCUACACACCUACACAUCUACACACCUACAUACCUACACAUCUACACACCUACACACCUACACACCUACACAUCUACACACCUACAUACCUACACAUCUACACACCUACACACCUACAUAUCUAUACCUUUACACACCUAUAUACCUUCACAUCUACACACCUACACACCUACACACCUACACAUCUACACACCUACAUACCUACACAUCUACACACCUACACAUCUACACACCUACACACCUACACAUCUACACACCUACACACCUACACAUCUACACACCUACACACCUUCACAUCUACACACCUACACAUCUACACACCUACACAUCUACACACCUACACAUCUACACACCUACAUACUUUCACAUCUACACACCUACAUACAUACACAUCUACACACCUACAUAUUUACAAUCCAAGACACAUAUACUGUAUACUUCAUAAAGACUUUCUACUCUACUCUGUUUGACGAGCAGAAGGACGUGUUGGUCCUGGUGUUUCUGGAGGAGAUCCCAGAGCAGCAGCUAUCUUCCUACCACCACAUGAGGAGGCUGCUGAAGAGACAGACCUACCUGAGCUGGCCCAGAGCUGGGGAGCACACCGGGGUCUUCUGGCAGAAACUCUGGGUGGCUCUGGAGACCAGAUCCCCAUCCUCACUGGGGGAGCACACCGGGGUCUUCUGGCAGAAACUCUGGGUGGCUCUGGAGACCAGAUCCCCAUCCUCACUGGGGGAGCACACCGGGGUCUUCUGGCAGAAACUCUGGGUGGCUCUGGAGACCAGAUCCCCAUCCUCACUGGGGGAGCACACCGGGGUCUUCUGGCAGAAACUCUGG